AUGUAUUAGAUAGUAAGGAUUAUAUUUAUUUUUUUAAACUUUUUCAUAGCUCACGUGCUUGCAAAUGUUUCCAACAUUAUGCAUCCAAAUCCUGUAUCUUUGCUUGAUUUUAAACAAAAAGCUUCUUCUGUUGCACUUGUUAAUUGCGUAUCGGAUGAUGGUCUCUAUGCAUUUGUAACUUCAACUUAUCAUGGAGUACAUAUUGUUGAUCUUCAGAAUUACUACAUACCUUAAAUAGUAUCUGUAGCACCCUCUUAAUAUGCUUAAGCAUGUAAAGUAAGCAAUAAUAUCUUAUUUAUUGCUGAUUAGAAGUAAGGCCUGGUUAUCUACAAUGUUUCUGACAAAUAAAAUCCUAAGCUAAUAUCUAUUACAGCAUUUACUCAGAACUCAUUUAAACCCUCUUAUUAGUAUGUCUUACUUUCUUUUGAUUAAAAAUAUAUAUUCUGCCUAUCAUAUGGAUUUGUCUUAACCUAUGACAUUACUGAUCUAGCCAGUCCACAAAUCUUGUCAUUCCCCUUAGAUUUUGCACUUGCUCCUAAUAGCUAUACCCUCAGAUACGAUCCUUCAAAGAGGUUUAUUGCUGUUGCAAAUCAUAUUUCAGGUCUUACUAUUUUAGAUAUUAGUAAUAUAAAUUAACAAUAUAUUAGAUGUAUUUAAAAUCCAAGUUUUGUUAUAUGGGAUGUUGCCUUUACCCCUGAUUAAAAGGCUUUUUAUGCACUUGAUGCAUACUUUGGCCUAUAUUAUGCAGAUCCAUCUAUAUUAUAUGAUGAUUCUUAAAAAGGUAAAGUAUCUUUAUCUUUUACUCUUGUUAUACCAGCUCCAGAUUCUCUAGUUAUGACUAUGGAAAUUUCUUAAGAUGGAUCUUUAUUAUUUAUUGGUCAUAGAAGCACAGGAAUCAAAAUAUAUUAAUUAAAUAGUCAAAAUUAUAAGUAGCUUACUUUUAUCCAAAAUCUAAAAGCUUCUUACAUGGUUCUAUGCAUGAAUCUUUCUAAAAAUCAAAAUUAAUAUAUUUAUGUGACUGAUGGAAUACAAUUAAUUAUCUUUAAGCUUGUUUAGCCUAAUACAAAUUAAGAUUUCCCAAAUUUAUUUAAUACAUUUUAAUCCUCCUUAACAUUUGUGAGUCCUGAUUAAAAUUAAUUUAGUAUUUAGUGUACACAAAAAGAAGUUAUGGUAACAGCUGCUUCAGUAGGAAUUUUCAUUUUCGACAUAACUGACGCCUUUUAUCCAAAAUAAUAUGCCAAUUAUAUAAAAUAUUAAUAAACGAAGGGCACCAUUUCGCUUAUAACUACCACCUUUGAUUUUAAUACUCUGCUUAUUGCAAAUUAACAAGGAGGCUUAGUAACAUUUGAUAUUUCUGAUAGAUCAAAUCCAUAAUAUAAAAAUCAAUACUAACUAAUUUAAAACAAAUAAUCAUAUACAGAAUAUACAAGCGUUAGGAUAAGUAAAGAUGGUACAAAAGUUGUAGUUGGUAAUAGUUUUUAUGGUGUGCUAGUCUAUAUGUUUGAUAACCCAUAAGACUUGUCAUCUCUAAUUCUUACAAAUGGUUACGCAAAUUAAUACGCUUGUGGUUUUGAGAGAUGUGAUUUUACUUCUGAUGCUACUAAAUUUGUUUGUGCUUGUAGAGAAAUAGGAACUAUUUUUUUCUAACUUUUACAGCCAGGAAUAGAUCCAAUUGUUAAAUAUGCAUUCAAUGAGAUAGGUGUAGAGCAAGCUAUAAUUUCAUAAAAUGAUAAAUUACUAUACUUAGCUAAUGGAUUUUAAGGAAUAUUUAUUUUUGAUAUCACAAAUUUUUUUGAACCAAAAAAAUUAAGUCAACUUGUUCUCUAAGGUUGGGCAUAAUGGGUCACUCCUAUUUUUAAUGAGAAAUACUUAGUAGUUUCUUAAGUCGAAAAGGGUUAACUGAGUCUUGUCAAUAUUGAGGAUCCUUCAAAUCCUUAUGAGUAAUAAAGAAUAGAAUUUUUAGACGAAUACUCUUCUGCUUCUUGUUUAAGCCCUUCUAACCCAACAAAUUUAUAUUUUUUAGGAAAUACUGGACUAAGGUAUGUUCCAAUUUAACCAUCUAUAACUAUCCACACUUAAUUUUAAGUAUAAUAACUAGAUAAUAAUGGUAAUUUACUUUAUUAUUAGACUUUAGAUUAAGGAGCAUAAUUGCUUGUUGGGCAAAACAUUAGAAUAAUUUAUACUUAGCUCUUUAAUGAAUAAAAAAUUUAAAUCAGCAAUGCCUUUUAUUACCGCUAAUUUAGUAAAUAAAAUCUUCCUCCAUGGAUUACUUUUUUACCAUCUCAAUCUCAAAUAACAAUGGUAGUGGAUAAACUUGGAACUCUUAAUGAUUUCUCAACAGAAAAGAAUGGUGAAAAUAUAUUAAUCUUACAGGUAUAAGUCCAGCUGUAAUCCCAAAAGCUAAUAAAUAAUUCACUUAAAAUUGAUUAGACUCUUGCUUCUGUAUUGCUCAAUUUACUUCAAUAAAAUGGUUUCAUUGAUUUUAAUGGAUAUAUUACAUAAAAAUUUGAUCCUUAAGUUCCAUUUGAUUUAAACUUUUAUGAUGGCGUGAAUUACACUCCAAACACCCACUCAGGUGUAUAUUAAUAGAUUCAAUAGCAGUUAAAAAAAAUAUUAGCUUUCUCAAAAGUAGAAUAUCCUAUUAGGUUUUUUAUAGUAAGUUCCUUAAAGUUUAAUUACUCUUAGAAAUUAAGAUAAUAGAAUGCUUCAGACUCUGGCAAUAUCAUUUCAACUCCAUCUCAACAAGUGAGUAUUCUAAUUUAGAUAACAUCAAAUGGGAAAUUUGUCAAGAAAAUAUUUGAAGGUGUAUUGGCUUCUUUUUCAGACGAUUUAACAAGCGUUAAGAUAACUGGUUAAACUUCAUUUGUCAAUGCUAUCAUGAACAAUAGUAUUUAAAUAGCAAAUUAAACACAAGACCUUUCAUAAGUUGCAAUAACAUUCUUAAUUUCUGAUUCAAAUAAUUAUGACUAAACAAUAAAAAUCUCUCUCAAAGAAGCUGAUUUUAUUUAAAUACACAAACCUGUUUAAUUGAAUGCAAAUAAAACACUCUAAGGUCAACUUGAGAAGUAUUAUUCAAAUGGAUAAUUACCAAUAGUAGAUCGUUUCUAAUUUUCUUUCGAUUUAGAAACCUUUAUCCAACCUGAUGGGUUGCCAAUAACAUACUUAUCAUAUAUUUUAAACGGAGACAAUCCCCCAUAGUAAAUCUUAACAGGCUCUUGGAUAGAUUUUAAUAAUCUAAGCUUGGGUUUUAGUGGGAUAAGGACAGCAUCGUAUUUUUGGACCACUACAACUGUGAGAGUCAUUGCUGAUGACGGAUAUUCAAAAGCUCACUGUGAUUUUAACAUGACCUUUAAUUAAAUUCCCUUUUUUUAUGCUUUUUAGCUAAUAGUUUCAGUUGUUGGUCCUAUUGUUGGUAUUAUUGGUAUUUGGAAAUACCGCUCUGAGAUUCAUUUAUUUAUUUCAGAGAGAAAACACAUGUACUAAAAUGAGAUAGCUGUGACUGGGAAACUCUUUAAAAAAUAGAUAAUAUUAUAUGGAAAAGUUUAAUCAGACGCUUCAGCCCUUUGGAAAAUAUUAAGAAAGUAAGACAAAUCUUUGGAAUAAUCUUUGAUAGACGAAUACAAAUUGAAUCAAACAAUAGAUGUAUACAAUUUAGUCUCUAAACUUGAAAAGGCAUAUCAUGAAAAUACUAAAAAAUUCCCUUACUUAGAUCCUAGAGAAUUUGAUUUCCAUGAUAGCAGGUUAGUGAGAUCUGUAAAAAGAUUGGCUUAUUAGGUUGUUUUAGACAAUGAUCCAACAACACUAGAAGUAUUAGAAAAAUUAAAGAAAUGUUCUAUAAAAAAUUUUGGAUAUCAAGAUUGGUAUAAAAAAUAUUUAGUCAUAAAUCCAAUAAUGGAAAUAAAGGAUGACUAAGUUAUUCAUAGAGUUAUUGAGUAAUAAGACAAGUUAAAAAAUAAUGAUUACAAUGUAGAAACUUUAAAGAAGAUAGAUUUAGAUUUACAAAAUGGUGAAAAUAAAUAAAAUCAAAUUAAUGCAAAUAUUUAAUCAUAGAUUUAUUCUGGAGAGAAUACUAAACGAUUAUCAGAAAGAGGAAAUUCUGAAAAUGAUCUUUGUUAAAAACCUGAUACAAUUAAAACUUAAGGAAAAGAACAGCUUUACAUAAAUUUGAAUCCUUUCCCAGAAAUCUUCAUAAAUCAGUAAAUAAUUAAUCAGACUCUGUUAGAUAUAUGUUGCAAAUUAUAAUACGAUUUCAACUUACUAGCUGAGGUUAUUGCUCUUGAAGCUUCAGGCGCUUUAACAGGAAAUCCAAGUUCUUUUAAUCCUUCAUAUGGUGAAAGCAUUCAUACAAUUCCUUAAGAGCUUGAUACUUUACAAGCUUUCUGUAAAAAUAAGGAAGAUGGUUGCGUACAAAAAAUUCUGAAAUUUUUAAAUAUGUAAUAUUCUCCUGUUGGAUUUGUUAAAAAUAACCCUCUUCCUAAGUGGUUGAACUUUUAAAUUAUUGACGGAAUAAUUCAUAUAUGGGGUAUUCCCUAGCCAAGUGAUGAGCCAGAAAUACUUAUUAGAAUAAUCAAUAAUUUAGGUUUAGCAAUAUACAGCUUCCACAUAUUCAUUUAAGACAAAGAGGGUAAUGAUAUGAGAAACAAAUAAAUCUUACGUAAAUUCACAAUUUAAUAUAAACCAAAUCAAAUAAAAUAAAUUGGUCUCACAAGAAUGUAUUCUUCUGUAAACAUCAUGUCACAACAAUUUGGAACGCCUAAAAUAAGAAAUACUAUUAGUGCAAAUAAUGAAUCUCCUUAAGCCAAAAUAUUCUCUUAAUAGCUAAUAGGAACUAGAAGUUAAUUUGCUAAGGAAUAAAUAAAAUUAACGGGAUUGAAUAGUCUCCAAAAUUUCUAAGAGUUUUAGUUAUUUUAGCUGCAAAAAAUAGAUGAAGAAAAGCCCUCUGUUUUAUAAUAAUUUCACUCAAAUGUAGAUCCUUCCAAAAUUGUUAAGCAAAAUUCAUAACUAGAAAGUAACAUACCUGAGAAGUAGAUGAACUUAAUAGAAAAGAUAUCUGAGCUUAAUUCCUCUGUAAUUAUAGAAAUAGAUUCAAAUUUUAAAGAAUUUAAUGAAGAUGAUAAUAACAAUUAAAAUAAAAAUAUUAGGAAAUCUUGUUAUAAAUUAAAACCAAAAUGA